GCGAGCGCGCGGCGCGCCGCCUGCCGAGGCUGCUCCCGCGGUGGUGGCGGACUGGGCGACCCUCUGCCGGUCCUCUGUCCUCUAGGCCUGCGGCUCCGGCGGGCUCCCGAGGGCACCGGCGGGGCUCUGGGUCGGUCGUGGGGGCACUUCCUCAACAGCUUGGGCCUCGGCGCGCCCGGCACGGCCGCGGCGGGCGGCGGGCCCGUCUCCUAGAUCCAUCCCGUGAGGGCAGGGAGCUGGUCUGCUACCUUCAGGGCGGUGUCUCCAGGCCCUGGCGCGUGGUAAUCCUAGAGGCCCGAGUCCUCCUCGGACUGGCAGAAUGAAAGACUGGCUCAGGAUUUUUGACCAAAAUGUGCUGGUCCCUCCCCACCCGCAGAGAGCACGCCAGCCUAUAAAGGAAUCAACUGCGUUUCAGUGCGUCCUGAAGUGGCUCGAUGGGCCGCUAAUUAAGCAGGGAGUGCUGGAGGUGCUCUCGGAGGUGGGCUGCUGUCUGCGCGUGUCCCUCUUUGAUGUCACCUACCGACACUUUUUCGGGAGGACGUGGAAGACUGCCGUGAGGCCCGUGGAGCAGCUCUCCAGGCAGCCGUCCAGGAUCGUCUUCGAUGAGUCCUUGUAUUUUCACACGUCCUUAAACCACCCUAGCAUCGUGGCUGUGGUCGAAGUGGUCGCCGAGGGCAGGAGGCCGGAUGGCUCCCUCCAGGCUUUGUCAUGUGGGUUUGGAAUUCUUCGCAUCUUCGGCAACAAGCUGGAGUCUCCUACCUCAGCCUCCCAGGACAAGCGGUUGAAGCUGUACCACGGCACCCCCCGAGCCCUCCUGCACCCGCUUCUCCACGACCCCGUAGAACAAAACAAGCAUAUGACCCUCAUGGAGAGCUGCAGCCUGCAGUACAUGCUGAGGCCACACCCACUCCUGGAGCCCGUGUUCCAUCUUCUUCCCGAGAACCUUCUGGUGUCUGGUCUGCAGCACAUUCCUGGCCUCCUUCCCGCUCACGGAGAAAAGGGGGACGCCCUCCGAAAGCCUCGCCUUCAGAAGUCUGUCACGUGGGACUUGGAUGAUUUGUUCUUCACGCUCUAUCCUUCCCUGGAGAAAUUUGAGGAAGAGCUUCUGGAACUCCUCGUCAGUGAUCGCUUCCGGGAGGAGGGCAUUCCGCGGGACGGCGGCACGCUGGAGAUCCUGGAGCGGCGCCUGUGCGUGGGUGUGCACAACGGUCUGGGCUUCGUGCAGAGGCCGCAGGUCGUGGUGCUGGUGCCCGAGAUGGACGUGGCCUUGACGCGCUCUGCCAGUUUCAGCAGGAAAGUUGGCUCUUCUUCAAAGGCCAGCUCUGGAAACCAGGCUCUAGUUUUGAGAAGCCGCCUCCGACUUCGUGAGCUGGUCCGUCACCCUGCGUUCGCCAUCGUCUUUCAGCUGGAGUACGUGUUCAACAGCCCUUCAGGGGCAGACGGCAAGGCAACGUCGGUCACCUCUCUGUCCAGCGUGGCAUGCAUGCACAUGGUCCGCUGGGCUGUGUGGAACCCCUUGCCGGAAGCCGGCUCCGGAAAGGUGGUCUUACCUCUGCAGGGUGGGAUCCGGCCCAAUCCAUCGCACCGUCUGGUCUAUAAAGUGCCCCCAGCCUGCAUGAGCUCCAAAGAGGUGGAGCAGGUGGCGUCGGGGACGGUCCAGUUCCAGUACUCACUGAGCCCCAAGGGACACCUGGACACGCUGCCAGGGCACGGCCACGGCCCGGAGGCGGAGCAACAGCCCUCCAGGAAGCCACCCGCGUCCCCUGCAAGCCCACCAGCGCUGCCAGCCCGGGGACACGCUGCCCCCCAGGACUCGCCCGUGGGACCGGGGCUGUCUCUCUCCCAGCUGGCGGCUUCCCCACGGUCCGCCGCCCGGUGCCGCUCGGCCACGCCGUCGUCCCCGCAACCUGCCGGCUCUGAGCCCUCCCCGGCCCAGGCGCAGGGGCUCCCCUUGGAGGGCAGGAUCUGUCACCUGGAAGCCGAGCUGAGUCAGGCGUCCUUGGUCCUGGGAGCAUCUGUUGCCGAACACUUGCAGGAGCUACCUUUCACACCGGUGCACGUCCCGAUUGUCGCGGGCGUCCAGGCCAGGAGCUCUGGAAGUAAGCUCUCGAGGGCCUCGAUGGUGCUCCUGCAGGCCUCCGGCUUUCCUGAGAUUCUGGAUGCCAAUAAGCAACCAGCCGAGACUGUAAAUCCCGCAGACCCCGUGCAAUUCAACCCUCAGAAGGAAGAAUCCGAUUGUCUACAAGGCAACGAAAUAGUACUGCAGUUUCUUGCCUUUAGCAGAGUGUCCCAAGACAGCCGGGCAGCGCCGUGGCCAAAGACCGUGUAUUUCACCUUCCAGUUCUACCGUUUCCCGCCCGUGACAACGCCGCGGCUGCAGCUGGUCAGGCUGGACGAGGGGGGCAGGACGCUUCCCGGUUCUCUGCUGCAUCUCCUGGUUCUUGCCGACAGAGAUGAUUCUUCCGAUGCUGGCUCUCCUGGCUUUCAGCUCAAGUUCCUGGCGGAGCCUGGAUUCCUGAGGCCCGGAGAGCAGAGUCGGUUCAGCCACUACCUGGCCGCGCAGGCCCUCCAGGUGGACGUCUGGGAUGGAGACUCUCUGCUCCUCGUUGGAUCUGCAGCCGUCCCGAUGAAGCAUCUCCUUCGCCAGGGGCGGCCGGCCGUGCAGGUCUCGCACGAGCUCGAGGUCGUGGCGACCGAAUAUGAACAGGACGUGGUGGUGAGUGGGGAUGUGACCAGGCUUGGCAGCAUCCAGCCCAUCGGCGUCUACGCGGUGGUGAAGGGCUGGCUACACCUGACCCUGGCCAACAUAGGUCACGUGUGUGAGCAGAGAGGAAGGGAUUCCAGCAUGUUGCCACCCUCCAGGUCACGGGUCAUCUCAAAUGACAGAACCGGCCACUUCGAGGGAGGCAGCCUGCUCAGGCGCGGGGCGCCGAGACUAAAAAACGUGGUCCAAGCACAGAAGCUGGCUGAUGUGGACUGUGAGUUGGCCGCCAUGCUGUUUGUGCCCACGCAGCGCAGGAGCAAAGGGCCCCAGGGCGCCGGCCACGAGGGGGACGCCGUCCGCAGGCGCAAGCUGGAGCGGAUGAGGUCCGUGCGCCUUCAGGAGUCCCGAGGAGAGCUCAGCUGCUGGGGGGCCAGCAUGUUGGCUCAGCAGAGCGUCCGCGCACAGCACGCACGCGACCUGCAGGUCAUUGCCGCCUAUCGGGAGCGCACGAAGGCGGAGAGCAUCACCAGCGCGCUGAGCCUGGCCAUCACCACGAAGCACACCGUGCACGUCACGCUGGGCACCGCCGAGUUCUUCGAGUUCGCCCUUCGGAACCCCCACAACACGCAGCACACGGUGACCAUCGAGGUGGACAACCCUGAGCUGAGCAUCAUCUCGGACAGUCGGGAGUGGAGGUUCUUCAAAGACGCGGCCAAGCUGCACACGCCGGUGGAAGAGGACAUGUUCCGUCUGCGGGGCGGCCUCGCCCCGCAGCUCUUCCUGCGCCCCCGGGAGACCGCCCACAUCCCCUUCAAAUACCAGACCUUCUCCGUGGGGCAGUUAAUGCUGUUUGCCCACGUCUUCCGUGGCGUGUGCGCUGCUGCGGGAAAUGUGGGCGUGGGGGUUUCCAUCGAGGGACGUGAGCGCUACGUGCCCCAAGGCUGGUUCGUGACAACGGCCGCCUGGAUGGUUAUCGUGAGAGCAAAGGACACUGUGCACAGGGGCCCCAAGGGGACAACUGUUUCUACAGUGCCUGUCAGCCUCCGACUCCCAUCCCGUGACUCACUGGUGCCAAUUGGUGUCUCACAGGCCCCUGCUGAGCCGAGCUCUGAGAAGGGCACGGACCCCGGAUCGCCCCAGAAGCGCAGUGCAACGCCGACCAAGCACGCCAAGGUCGUGUUCCGGGGCGGCGGCGGCAAGCCCAUCGCCGUGCUCUGCGUGACCGUGGAGACCCAGCCCCCCGCGGCGGACCAGGUCUUCCGCUUCUACCAUCCGGAGCUCACCUUCCUGAAGAAGGCCAUCCGCCUGCCCCCCUGGCACACGCUCCCAGGUGCUCCUGUGGGAAGACCUGGCGAAGAACCCCAGGUCCAUGUCCGAUGUAGUGACCCGAACGUCAUUUGUGAGACCCAGAAUGUGGGCCCUGGGGAGCCACGGGACGUGUUCUUGAAGGUGGCUAGUGGUCGGAGCCCAGAGAGCAAAGACUUCUUUGUCCUCGUUUACACGGAUCGCUGGCUGGCGACACCUGUCCAAAUAUGGCGGAUCCACCUCCACUCCUUACAGCGCGUGGACGUGUCCUGCGUCACAGGCCAGCGGACCCGCCUGUCCCUUGUCCUUCGGGGGACACAGGCGGUUAGGAGAGUGCGAGCUUUCACCUCACACCCCCAGGAGCUGACAACUGACCCCAGAGGUGUGUUCGUGCUGCCCCCUCGCGGGGUGCAGGACCUGCAUGUGGGCGUGACGCCCCGCAGGGCGGGGACCCGGUUCAUCCACCUCAACCUGGUCGAUGUGGACUACCACCAGCUGGUGGCCUCGUGGCUCGUGUGCCUCUCGUGCCGCCCUCCUCUCAUUUCCAAGGCCUUCGAGAUCACGCUGGCCGCAGGGGAAGGCAAGGGCGCCAACAAGCGCAUCACCUACACCAACCCCUACCCCACCCCGAGGACCUACCGCCUGCUCAGCGACCGCCCGGACCUGCUGCAGUUCAGGGAGGAGUCCUUCCAGGUUGGGGGAGGAGAGACCUACACCAUCGGCCUGCGGUUUGCAUCUCGCCAGAGCGCCGGGGAGGAAGAGAUUCUGAUUUACAUCAACGACCACGAAGACAAAAACGAAGAGGCCUUCUGCGUGAAGGUCACCUACCAGUGAAGUGGUGGCCGGAGGGGCCGGCACGGCCCUCCUGCCGCAGCACGGGGACAGACUCACGUGCUCUGGCCGCUCCUCCCCUCGUGCCUUGCUGGGGCCACUGGUGAGCGUGGCCGAGGGUGGAGGGGGCGCCGUGCUCCUGACCGCUCUUACUUCGGCGCCAGCCACGCGGCGAGCCCCGCGGGCGUCCUCAGCGAGGGCACGGCGCCGAGAAGCGCGGGGCUCGUGUCUCUCUGCUGUGCUCGGGAGAUCGUCACUGUUUAUGAUGUUGAUUUGCUUCUCAGCAAAGUGUAUUUUAUGAAUCAUCUUAAAUGAUAAAAUUAU